CCAUAACUGGGCAAGUAAGUAGUUGUCCUUGUAUCCUAAGCACAGAAAGUGUAGCUCUUGCAUACGAGUCUUGAGGUCUUAUUCUGAUCUUUCAGUUGUGUAACUUCAGUGGAACAGCUCAUCAUGUACACACCUGUGGAAGUGAGAUCACAAUCCGGUCCCUGCUCUUAAUAUAAUUGUUGAGAAGAGUAUUUUCUGCUCCUGUCCUGCAUGUAAAUUAGUUGUGUCAUGGAAGACUGUCUAUGUAACCAAAUGCAGGAUUGGUCCCUUAAAUGACAAUAAGAAUAGAAACUCCAGUUUUUGACAAGCCAAAUACUGGCUUCAGGAUAGAAGAAAUAUAUUGAAUUACUAGAUAUCUCUAGUGCUAAAAGGACUGUCAUUUUUAAUUCCUUUAGUCUGGAAAAAAAUACUUCAAUUCACAAUUAAAUUAUGCUUUUAAAAUCAAAUUAAAUAGGAAAUUCUUGACCAUAUGUAAUUUGUUACUUUUAAGUAUAUGGAAGUAUUAACAGAACAGAUUUUUGUAUCUGGUUUCCAGAGAUUAUAUAUUAAAUAUAACAGAAUUAAGGGAGUUUUCAGUUGAAGAUUCAUCUGGUUAGAGUAUAUACUCUCCUGCUGUUGAGGAAAUCUAAGGGAUGAUGUUUACAUUUGGUUUAAAUUCUUCAAAGAUAACACACACAAUAACUUCAACCCUACACUAUUGACAAUCAGAGGAUAUUAUCUUGUACUGAAGGAAAUUACCAAGGCCAAAAGUUACAAUACCCGGAGGGUCCAUGACGCCUCCACAUCUGCACAAGAAAGUUCACUGUUUUUUUAAAGGUUCAAAGCCUGCUUGCAUUGCUUGCAUGAGUAGGCCUAUCGAAGUCAAGUGUGUAAAUCAAAUUGCAUGAGUUGAAGAAGCAGGAUUUGACUCUUAGUACAUUGAUUUUAGGACUGCUUUUUCAACACAUCUACUCCAUAACUCUUAGAUGGAAGCAGUAUCAGCCUGAUACCUUCCAUGAGUUGAAAUGAGAAAAAACAAAAACAAAAUAAAAACCAACUGCCCUAAAAAUGAAGAUUUAAUGACAUAUCUUGAUAUAUAAUAUUCAUUACAUAUGUUUUUAAACAAGUAUCUUCACACAAUAAUUUUGCACCUUACUCCACUGACACAGAGGGUCUAAUAGUUCACACUGAAGUCUCCAAAAAUGUAAAAUUCAUGUCAGUCCUGUUUAAUCUUAAAUUGACCAUUUGUCUGUCUCUCUCUCUCUGCUCCUGUUCUGCAGAGUUUGAGGAUAUUCUCUCGUGUAACCUAAGAGACAAAAGCACUUUCAAGUUCUUUGCUUUGUCUGAAAAUGUUAAGUUUAGUGGUCCUUUUCCUCUACAUGCCAUGUACUGCUUAAAGGAAGAAUAAUUUUCAUGUCCUUACUAUAGUAUAUUUCGCUGUCAGGAACUUUUUUUUUUUUUACAAGUUAGUAUGUUUUAGCAUGUGCUAUUUCCAUAUUAUCUAUUGCUAAGAUUAUUUCUUGCAGUCAGAACUCCAAACAUUUUCAUUCCAAUAAUAUUUUUGUAAUAAGUUACUAUUUUCUACCGAUAUUUGCAUUGUAUAGAUGUGACAAAAAUGGCUGCUAACAAAUCUCAAUUAAACCUGAAUUUAGUCUAUAAUGACAAUUAAUACAAAAGGACACAUCUUUAGGAGCAUAUCUGUUUGUUUUUUAAGACAUCUUUCUGCUUCAUCCCAAGGCCAUAUGAGUUCUUAUUCAUUGAUGAAAACAUGGGAUUGUGUUUUACACAUUCUUAAAUACCAGCAGGCUCAGUUAUUCUUACAUGUUCACUAAGAAUCUGAUACAAAGCCCACUGAAGUCACUUGGAGUCUUUCCACCAACUGCAGUGGGUUUUGAAUCAGGCCAUAAACCUAGAAGUUGAUUUAAUUUUAAUUUUUCUUGACCCUUUUCUGAUUCCCAAAAGAGCUUUCAUUAUGGCGUAAAGUUGUUCUUCAUGCCUAAUCACAUCCACUGUAAUUCAUUCCAAACUGUGUAUUAAAGCCAAAAUCAGCACUGUGGGAAAAUACUGUUUCCCUGCCUUGGGUUUCGUUUGUUGUGAAAUGUUUCAUUUAAAAUGGGUGGUGAUAUUCCUCUCAUCUUGCUCCUGCAUUCUGCAACCAGGCCUGACACUCAAGUAGACAUAUAGUCAUCAUCCAGGUAACUAAGCAACCUAGAGUAUUUAAGAAGGUGUGACUAUAACCUGUUCUUACUUUUACACUUGGAUGGGAACCGUACAGGCUGGUCUGUGAUAGUGCUGAGCUACUGAAGAAAGAUCUACAGAAUUUCAGACAUGUGUUUUGGAAAGUGUGCUAGGUGCAUUGGGUACAAGUUGCUCAUUCUUGCCUUCCUCUGCAUUGUGGCUAAUAUCUUGCUUUACUUUCCCAAUGGUGAAACAAGAUUCGCUUCAGAACAUCGGCUUAGCAAGUAUGUGACGUGCCUUCAUGGAAUUAUAGGAGGGGGGAUUUUGAUCUUCCUCCCAGCUGCAGUGUUCAUUGGACUAGAACACGAUAAUUGCUGUGGAUGCUGCGGGCAUGAGAACUGUGGAAAAAGCUGUGCAAUGCUGUCCUCUGUUCUGGCCGCCAUCAUCGGAAUCCUGGGGUCCGGCUACUGUUUCAUCAUUUCAGCUUUAGGUUUAUCCCAUGGCCCUUACUGCCGCUCUGCUGUAGAACAGAACUGGGUCUAUCCUUUCACUAACUCCAGUGGAGGGUAUCUGCUUGAGCGUGACAGGUGGUCUGAGUGUCGGGAGCCAAGGAAUAUCGUGGAAUGGAACUUGACCCUCUUUUCCAUUCUUCUAGUCUUGGGGGGGAUUGAAUUAAUUCUGUGUUCCAUCCAAGUAGUCAACGGUUUUCUCGGAGGAAUAUGUGGGGUUUGCUGUAAUCGGGAAGAGAAAUACGUUUGCUAGAACAUUUGCACCUGAAGAUGGGCUAAAAUCACUGUAAUUAUAUCUUUGUGGUAUUCUGUAAAACGUGUAUUUGAAUGUCUUGUUUUAUAUUGCACAUACUGUAAAUUAUAAAGAGAACAGUUUAUUCAUGUUACAUUUCUUCUUACCAAACUAUGCACUGUCACCAUUAAUUCACAGAUUGGGCCAGGUUCUGUUCUUGGAAAGAUGUGCAGGCUUGCCGAAGAACACAAUAGUCAUUAUGUGUUUGCACCUGACAGCAGAAUUUGGCCUGCUGUGAUUUUUGUCAUUAUAAACAUAUACUUUGCAUACAAGGAUUUCAUUGGUUUAUUUAAACAUAAUGCAAGUAGCUGAUUGAUUAAUUGUGUUGCUGGGUACAGUUUCUCACUACCGGCAUGGUAGUUCUUGAUUUUCAUACAGAAGCUGCUUUUUCCAUUAGUGUUCCAUUGCCAUCCUGACCUUGAAGCCCUCAGUAGGAGCUGUCACUCACAGAAGGAAUGCUGCUUUAAUUGGGUCAAACCAAAUACCAUGAAUACCAUGUUUCUGGUAUUCAUCUAGUCUAACAGAGAAUACAGAUGGUGCCAAAUAAUGGACAGACAAGGGUAGGCACAUACUGAGGAGCCCUAUCUCCCCAGGGAAGAGGUGGAGAUAGAACAGCAGCAAAAAAAAGACAAGUCAGAAGAAAGGAAAAUGGGGAGUUGGGAGGGGAGUAGUAACUUGGAUUGUUUCAAACUUCUUUCCCUCUCUAUUUGCCAAUAAAAUAGAAUAUAGAC